AUGACACUGGUCCAUGAUGGAAUAACACCCUAUGCACACAUCAGAAGCUGCGGCGCCGAUCCUGCUCCACCUGGAAAAACAUGCUGGCUGCAGGACGAGAGACAGGAGCCGGACAGGAGAGUGGCGGAAGGCAGACAGACAGCAGUCCGGGGUGCUGUGGUCACCCCAGACAGCAGCCCGGAGCAGCAGCAGGGCUCGCUGGACCCCAGUAGGCGGCACCGGACGGCCUUCACCCGGGAUCAGGUGUCCCGACUGGAGCAGGAGUACCGCAAUGAGAGUUAUGUGUCCCGGGCUCGGCGCUGCGAGCUGGCCGCAGCACUCAACCUUCCAGAGACUACGAUAAAGGUGUGGUUCCAGAACAGGCGUAUGAAGGACAAACGUCAGAGGCACUCCUUACCUUGGUCUCACCCACUCAUCAACCCACUGGGCACACUGCUGAUGGGUCAUGCUUCUCCAUCUUCUAACCUGAUUUACCCGUUUUCCACAUCCCAACUGCCCCACCUACCUUUUCAGCACUACUGUCCACUGACUUUUUCCGGUAUGAUAAAUGGUCCACACAGUGCACUAAUGAAGCAGCCAGAGCGUUUCUCCCUUUCCCAACAACACAACAAGCCUGGGGAGGGGCCUCCAACAGCAGUACUUGUUUAUCCCUCUCCUGGUGUCAUGCACCAUCAUGUCUCAAGUCAUUGCUCCUUUUGCCCUCAGUGGGGACAACAAGAUCUUCAUAAGGUCCAGUGGGAAAUGAAGGGACUGAGCCAUGCCAACAGCUCUGCAGCCAAAAAACAGACUGGUUCUCUGCAGCAGAGGGAAGAAAAAGUGUGAAUGCAUCUAAGAAAAACUACAACUGCAACAAUCAAAACUGAAAGAGAAGAGCAAGGCAGAAGAAGCGUUGACAUCAGAAUCUAAAACAAUCACAGUUAAGCCCAGAUGUGUAAUAACAUUUUAUGUAAAGACAUUUGUUAUUUCCUUCAAUUUUUGACAUCUUGUUUAUGGCAGUUAUGAUUUCCAUUUUUUCUUUUUUCAUUUGUUAGAUGACAGAAUAAUGGUUGAUUUUUUAAAAUAAUUGUACCUUACUCCAAAUUCAGAAGUUUACUAAAAUUGUUCUUUUUACAUUUCCUCAUCUCCUCUUUUUACUUUUAGUUAUGCAUUUCUGCCUCAUUAUUCAAAUGAGGAGCACGGUUCAACUUCUGCCUAUUGGUUAUUUAACAUUACACACGACUGGCUUUAGCAAAGAUGUCAGUCAGUUUAUCUGUGAGCUGAAGCUUAGCAACUUCAUUAGAGUUGCCUCAAUCAGAAGCCAACUUCAGUGGGUACUUCAUUCAAACUAUGAAAACCUGACAGUAUAUUAUAGAAUUAUUUUCUUAUAAAUUUGCUAAGCUCCAGCUUACUAAUAAGCUGGCUGCCAUCUUUGUUGAAGUCUGGCUUCAACAUCUCUGAAGCCAUCAGACUUGCUAAUGGCUUUAGCAAUGCUGAAGCCUUAAGCAGAAUUGCUGCUAAUCAACCAACAUGUUGGUCUAUUGGUUGCUAACCAACCAAAAGGCAAAAGAUGAAGCCUUAAGACACCGCCUUCCUCACUUUCAUAAUGAAGUAGAAAUGCAUAAACAAAAGUAAUAAAAGGAGAUGAAGAAAUGUAAAAAGAACAAACACUUACUUGUGUGAGGAAAAGACAAAACAAAAGAUUUAUAUAUCUUCUUUUAUUUUUAAUUAUGUCAGUUUUGGUCCCCCAUAAUUAUUCAUAGUUUCCCAAUAUUACUAUAAGGCUGUUAUUUUCCUACUAGAGCACUGUUAAUUGUACUCCUCUAUUUCUUAUUGCCGCACUGCAGACAUGCCAGUCUGUCUCCUCCAUUUGUGGCUCCACAUGAUUAAAGCACAUUAUUAUCAUAGCUGUUCUGUGUCCUGCCAUGCUAAGCUCUGUUCAGAUGUGUAUACCUGUAUUUAACCUCACAGUGUAUUGUCUGGCAUGAUUACACAGAGCACAUGUAGAGCGGCUCCUGGUUUAACCAAGCAUAACAAUGGCUGGUGUUGCGAACACCUGUGCAGGUGGAUUAAAUCAGUGUAUGGUAUUUAUGGUGGAAUAUUCUGUUGGCCUCUAAUCAGCAGAAAAAAGAGGACUCAGCUGGUUUCCUUUAUGAUUCUCAUCCAGUCCGAGAGUUAUCCCACAAAAAGUUCAGAAUAUAAUUUAAGCUGCUUCUCAAAUUUAAUAUUAGACAGAAUCACCUCUAGAUCUCCGAUUCUGACCCCGUAACAUGGCACCUAGUUAUGGGUUCUGUAGUGGAUGCAUGCUGUUUUAGAAAAACCCAUAAAUGUGAUGAGGCAAGAUCAUUAAGAUCCUUAAAAGCCAGUUGCAAAAAUCUAAAAUCAAUCCUCUAACAAACAGGAACCCAGUAGACUGAACCCAGAAUUGAAGGUAUAGGUUCCCAUUUCUUAUUUCUUGUUAACAGCAGCAUUUUGUACAAACUACAAACAAUGAAGAGAUAACUGAUCUGACUCCUCAUAAAUCAAAUUGUAAUAAUCUAGGCAAUUUAAUAUAUAGAGAUCAAUCUUUCAAUAUCCUUAGGAAGAAAAUCAGGCUUUACUUUGGCCAGAAUUCAUAACUAAAAAUAUUUUGUCUUCAAUUCAAUUCAGUUCAAUUAUUUUCAACUCAGUUUCAGUUCAGUUUAUUUCUAUAGCACCAAUUCACUUGCCAUGUGGCUAUUGCCUUCUUGUGAUGUUCUGCUUGAUUAAAAUCUCACUUUCUCCCAUUUACAAGGAUUGCCUGUAGUUCAAUGUCUACCUGCCCAAUCAGCAAACACAAGCAAAAGUUGUGAACAAAUUAGAAUUGUAGUCUGCCUAUAGUUUUAGAAAUAUCAACAGAGAAAGUGAACAAAGCUGUUCAGUCCUAAAUUAGAUAGAAUGCAUUCACACCUGCCCUCUAUAAUCCGCUUUAAUCAAACUUCUGUUUGUUUGGGGAGGUGUGACUGUGCAAUCAAACUUGAUCAAAAUUAAAACGUGAACUCUAGUUCACCUAAAAACCUAGGUUGUUCGGUUGAAGUGAACUCUGGUGCUGUUUGAAUGUAAUGUGAAUGCAAGCGAACCGAAGACGGCUCUGGAAACAGGAAGCUAACUAUACUGCAGAGCAUUCUGGUCAAUACAUUACUCUAUCCUUAGGGAGUUAGCUGAGGUGUUUUGUUGGUUGCCAUGGAAAUGGGUCUGCAUGUAGAAUAAAGCCAACACAGAGAGCGAGGAAAAGCAGAAUUUAAAAUUGUUUACACCUGCUUAUUAGCGUUAUUUUCUCUUUGUGUGGCGCACUGCACCUUCA